AUGAAUUUAUUCCCAAUCUUGACUGUUGUUGCGACACUGGCGACGUUUCCGAGGAUAGAUGCGGCAACUGGUGGACGGCUCCUCCGCAAAAUCCUCCACGAGGACCACCUGAGGUGCCAAAACAGCCGGUUUCUGGAGCACUCGGUGGAGGUGUCAAUAAUGGUGGAGGACAACCAGGAGCAACUCCAAAUGGACAACCUGGUGGGCCUAGUUCAAGAGGACAAGAAAGGAACCCAUUUGGCGUUGGAGGAAACGCUCUUGGAGGACAAGGAGGAUUUCCCAAUGGAGGGUUCAGUGGACCAGGGCAAAAUCCGUAUAACGGAGAUGGAACACAAGGAGGAUUUUCCAACGGAGGAUUCGGUGGACAAGGGCAAAAUCCGUAUAGCGGAGGUGGAGGACAAGGAAGUAAAAAUCCGACCGUUCCCUAGCGGCCGAGGACGGUAUCCGUUCCGAGGACCUGAUAGACUUUACGCCGGAGGACAAGGAGGAUAUCCGUCCCAAGGACCCAGAGGACCAUUUGCCGGAGGACGAAGAGGAUAUCCGUUUGCACAAGCAGGGUAUUCAUUCCAAAGACGUGGAGGACCUUCCUCUAAAGAACAAGGAGGAUAUCCACUCGAAAGACCUAAAGGACCAUUCCCUGGAGGACGAGGAGGAUAA